AUGGAUGCUUCUAUAAAUAAACAAAAUAAUUCAAACGUUGCUGGACAUUGUUUUAAUGCAGCUUCAAAUAUUCUUGAUAUUGGCCUUGCUAGAGAAAUUCACUUAAUUGAGCUCCAAAAUACCCAAGCCUUUAUUGCCCAUAAAGAACACGAAGUUUCUGUCUAUGAAAAUGCUAGGAGUUUAAUUGAAUGUCAAGCGCCAGGCGAUCGCUGUAUGGUUUUUCUUGCUGAUAAUUUAUUUGUUAUGAGAACGCGUGAACAAGCUUUAGAAAUUUUGGAUAGACAAAUUGAAGCUUUUCAAACUGCCUUAAAAUAUUUACGUCAAGAAAUGGCAUCUCUAAAUGAAAAGGUUGCUCUAAUGGAAAGAUUAAAUAUUACAAACGAUGGUUUAGUGGAAAUUCGAGAACCAGAAAAUGAAGACAAGGAAGGGAGUGGAAAAAUUAAAGGUAAACGAAUUCAACAUUCUCCUACUAAAAAAUCGCCCCCUUCACCGAAUAAGUCACUUUCAAAGCCUUGUUCAAAAAAUGAUGAGAUGGAUCGAAUAAAUGAUGAGAUAGAUCAAAUACUGAAGAGAGAAGAAAAUAAUGAAGACAAUAAUAAAAUUAAUGAAAAAUCUAAAGAAGAUAAUACCAAACCAACUAGGCCAAAAGGAGUGUCUGAAAAGGUUUUUUUUGGGAUUAUGAGAGGUUUGUCAAACUUUGUGAUUCGCUGGAAUUAAGUGAAGAUGAGGAG